AUGACGACGAGGCUUUGUCGCUACGUCACUACCGGCAGGAGGCGACGCUCUAGGAGAACUCUCUUUGCUGUCUUUUCGCUCUUUCUCCCUCGUGGCGUCGAAUGAAGGAGACAAAGUGAUUGGACGCCCAGCCAGUCGUCGUCACGGUCCGUUUGUCGCUCGUCGCAUGUUAGCAUUGCAUGCUAACUCGCUUCGCCAGUGUGUGUGGGUGUUCGUGAGCCAUGUCCGUGUCCGUGAUUAUUAAAUGGGGGGGACACGAGUACGCCAUCACGUCCCUAUCCGAGGAGGACACGAUCAUGGAUCUCAAGCAAUCCAUCAAGACUCUCACCGGCGUGCUGCCCGAGAGACAGAAGCUGCUCGGACUGAAGAUUAAAGGAAAAGCGGCUGAAGACCAAGUGAAGUUGGGCUCACUCAAACUCAAACCCAAUACCAAGAUCAUGAUGAUGGGCACUAGGGAGGAAGGGCUGGAGGAGGUUUUAGCACCUCCCCCAGAGAACGACGACGUGGUCAACGACUUUGACAUCGAGGAGGAGGUCAUCGAAGUGGAGAACAGGGAGGAGAAUCUAGCAAAAAUCGCUCGCCGUGUCAAAGACUACAAGGUUGAGGAGAUGAACUCCCCCAGGGAAGGAAAAAGACUUCUAGUCCUGGACGUGGACUACACUUUGUUUGACCACAAGUCGUGCGCUGAGACCGGUCAAGAGCUGAUGAGGCCUUACCUUCACGAGUUCCUGACGUCAGCGUACGAGGAUUACGACAUCGUCAUCUGGUCUGCCACCAGCAUGAAGUGGAUUGAUGCCAAAAUGAAGGAGCUGGGUGUGACUGACAACCCGAACUACAAGAUCACAUUCAUGUUGGACAGCGCCGCCAUGAUCACCGUGCACACACCCAAAAGAGGCGUCGUGGAGGUGAAGCCGUUGGGUGUGAUCUGGGGCAAGUACGAGCGCUUCUACAGCAAGAAGAACACCAUCAUGUUCGACGACAUCGGACGCAACUUCCUCAUGAACCCGCAGAAUGGACUUAAGAUCCGGCCCUUCAUGAAGGCGCACAUGAACCGUGAAAAGGAUCGUGAGCUGCAGAAACUGAGCGAGUACCUGAAGGAGAUCGCCACGUUGGACGACUUCACCUCGCUCAAUCACAAACACUGGGAGAGGUACCUGUAUAAGAGGCAACAACACUGACCACAAAGUACACAAGACCAUGACAUCAUCAUAACAACACACUGGAAGAACACAAAUCCUGUGGCCAAGCGCUGGCCCUUGAAAACUCACAACAUGCAGUGUGUGUCUGUAUGCGACCGAUCACGACACAAGUGUACUGAUGGCUCGCCACCCUGGUGCUUCCUGCCACAAUAUUAAACACAUGGAUGGCAACACAAAAAUACAACAAUACAUGGAAAAUGAUUUUAAAAAACAACAACACAGAAGACACAAUGCUGCAACACAAGAACAAAGUUGACACAAGGCAUCAACAAAAAUGACAUGGCACAAUACAGCAAAACACAUCACAGCAAAGAAGAUAAAAUGAGAAACAAGUGCCAAAAUGAAAUAAAAUGUGAAAUACAUUUUCAAAAGACUAUAUAUAAAUACAUUUUGGAAUUCAUACAGACAAAUCAAAAUUGAAAUAAAAAUAUAUAAACAUUUAAAUAAAUCCAUAAACAUUCAUACUGAAGUAAUUAAAUGUUCAGUAACACAUUUUUUAGUUAAUAGCACUGCUGGUGCUCCAUAAGCGACAACACAGCCAACCUGACGUAGCAACACAACUUGGCAACACAACAAGUGCAACAAUAGUGGAAAAACAAGGCUUUGAAAGUGCACUCCCGUCACAUGUUGUCAUGGAAACUGCUGAAUGAGUGUGCGUGUGUGUAAAUAUGACAUUAAUAAAAGCAUUUUUUUUACCCAAAUUCUUGAU